GCAAAGAUAUUUGCGAAUCACAUCAAUAGUAUUGUCUAAAGCAGCCAACAGUAUAACUAAAAAAAAUGGUUAGACACGUAGUUUUCCUGCUCUUAUUGUUGACUUUAUGGGGAAAUUCUUUAAAUCUUAAACUUCCAACUAGAAAACCCAAAAUGAUCAACUGCUACUUCAGUGUAACGGCCUUCACUCGUUUGUAUAACAAAAUGGAACCCGAACAAAUUCCCGAUAAUCUCUGCACCCAUUUGAGCUAUGCUUUCUUCGAUAUUAGCCGCGAUGGAGCAUUGACCCUUGACACUUUAAAUGAUGUGCAUGUAGGCAAAAAAUGGAUUGAGCGUGUGAUUGCUGUGAGGAAUAGAAAUCCCAAAUUGAAAGUUAUUGCUGCUGUGGGUGGCGAAUAUUUUAAGGAAAGACCUCAAAUUUACAUGAAUAUGCUUGCCUCAAAAGAAAAACGCGAUCUGUUUAUAGAUUCCACUAUACGAUUUCUUGAACAUUACGAAUUCGAUGGCUUGGACUUGUGUUGGAUUGGUUCUGGCGAAGAAGGAGAUGUUGAGGCGAAAAAGAAUUUGGUUAUCUUCGUAAGGGAAUUGAGCAAAGAAUUAUCUAGCAGGAAUUUUUUGUUUGGAAUUUCUGUCUCUCCCAUCGAAAGAAAUUAUGAUGUGAGAGCUAUUUCCAGAGCUGUUGAUUACAUCAAUGUCUUGACAUUUAAUUUUGGUGACCCACAUAGAACCUCAUUUGCAGCUCCCCUCUACGGCCAGGGUAUAAUGAAUGUAAAUGCUUCCAUGAGUUUCUGGAUGGAUAAUUGUGCCCCCUCUUUGAAGCUAAAUAUGGGGGUGUCUUUUCAUUCUUGGGAUUUGGUACUGGAAGAUGAACGCUACAAUAAACCUGGAUCGCAAGCAAUGAAAUUACUUGGCGAAAGAUCUUAUUACAACUAUUGCCAAGAAUUGGUUAGAGUUAAACCGAUUUUCGAUAAAACCACCGGUGGUACCUAUUUCACCGAAGGUAGAAAAUGGACAUCUUAUGAAAGUGCCCAAAGUCUGGAGGCGAAAUAUGAUUACCUGCUAUCACAGUUUAUGGGUGGAGUUGCCAUUUAUUCAUUGGAUGCUGAUGAUUUUCAUCCUCGAUGUGGUGAAGCUUUUCAUCUUACCGAAUACACCCAAAGGAAGCUAGGUGGAGAGUAUAUAAGCAGUGGAGGAAUAUCAUGCCAUUUAAACGAUGAGAACAGAGAAACUUGUCACAAAGAGUAUUAGGUUUUCAAUUAUCGAGAUGUAUUUGAAUAAAAAUCAUUGAAUCUUUUAUAA